UUGCGAGGAGUGGCCGUUGCUCAGCGGAUCGUGUAGUGUAUUUAGUCAAAAUGUUUCAGCCUCGGGUAAUGCUAACAUUUAUGGAGGUGCCAAAGAAAAGGAAUGUGGCCACUGCCUCCAGCCCUGAGGAGCGGUUCAAGUUGAUACCGUCGAGUGGUACUCCACCGGAAAAGGACUCCGACGGAAAUGGGUGGCAACUGAAACCAGGUGACAAGGAGAAUGGCAACAAGUUGCCAGACCCUUUAAAUGGAGAGUUCCCGAAAGGCAAAGACUCGGACACAAGUUCAGAAGCGGAUAGCAAGGCAGAUGAAGUCCCAAGCAUACCAUUUAUUACACUGUUCAGAUUCGCGACGAAAAAGGACAAAAUAUUCAUAGUUUGUGCGUUAAUAUGCUCAGUAGUGGCAGCAUGUUCUACGCCAAUCAACACAUUACUGCUAGCGUUCUUACUAGAUGCUAUGGUAGCAUAUGGAAGUUCUAUCAGAGAUGGGAACCCGGACCCUGACACCUUCUUAGAAGCGUUGAUGUUCUUUGCUAUUUACAACACCGUCACUGGAGUGGUGCUCAUCGUCCUCUCGUAUGCCGCCACAGUGCUGAUGAACAUAGCGGCUUAUCACCAAGUACAUGUAAUACGACAAGAAUACUUAAAAGCAGCACUAAACCAAGAUUUUGCGUAUUACGAUAUACAUAAGAACGCUGACAUAGCUUCCAAAAUUAACAGUGAUGUGGUGAAACUAGAAGAUGGUAUAGGCGAGAAGCUGGCUACCUUCGUGUUCUACCAGGCAGCUUUCUUCAGUAGCGUGAUCAUGGCUCUUGUCAAGGGAUGGAAGCUGGCUCUGCUGUGUCUCAUAUCAUUCCCUGUCACUUUGACGCUUGUCGGUGUCGCUGGACUGGUAGGAGCCAGAUUCGGCAAAAAAGAGGCCAUAGCCUCCGGCAAAGCUGGUGCCAUAGCCGAGGAAGUAAUAUCUGCCAUACGUACUGUAUACGCCUUCAGCGGCCAGUCCAAGGAGAUGGUGAGGUACGAGGGACAUCUGAGGGAAGCCAGGAAAAUCAACAUCAAGAAAGGCUUCUUCAACGGCCUGGCCAUGGGACUGUUAUUCUUCUGCAUCUUCUGCGCAUACGCCCUUUCCUUCUGGUUCGGCUACAGGCUAUUGUCCACUGAUGAAGACUAUGAUAUAUCUACUAUGAUAGCGGUAUUCUUCGGUGUGAUGACUGGUUCGGCAAACUUCGGCAUAUCGUCGACUUUGAUGGAGGUGUUCGGGUCUGCCCGAGGCGCGGGGGCCCAGAUCUUCAACAUGAUCGACAAUAUUCCCACUAUUAACCCCCUGCUGAAUAGGGGAACAACGCCCUCUAAUAUUCAAGGAAACAUCGAGUUGAAGAACGUUAUUUUCCAUUACCCAUCCAGACCUGAUGUUCCGGUACUGAAGGGUAUAAACAUUAGUGUGAAGCGUGGACAGUCUGUGGCAUUGGUCGGCCACUCCGGCUGCGGCAAGUCUACCAUCAUACAGCUGAUCUCCAGGUUCUAUGACGUCAUUGAUGGCAGUGUGGCAAUCGACGGGCAUGAUGUCCGCGACUUAUCAGUCCGAUGGCUGCGAGACCAAAUCGGCCUCGUGGGUCAAGAGCCCGUUCUCUUCAAUACCACAGUCCGGGAGAACAUUCGCUAUGGGCGUGAGAACUGUACCAAUGAGGAGAUUGAGGCUUGCGCCAGACAGGCUAAUGCGCAUCAGUUCAUUAUGAGACUGCCGAAGGGCUAUGAUACAUUAGUCGGAGAACGAGGGGCUUCUUUGUCAGGAGGUCAGAAACAACGCAUUGCUAUUGCGCGUGCUCUCGUGAGGAAUCCCAAGAUACUGCUAUUGGACGAGGCCACUAGUGCACUUGAUACCUCUUCUGAGGCCAGGGUGCAGAAAGCUCUUGAUAAGGCUCAAAAAGGUCGCACAACUCUAGUGGUAGCUCACCGACUGUCGACCAUCCGAAACGUGGAUGUCAUAUACGUAUUCAAGAGUGGUGUAGUAGUCGAACGCGGCAACCAUGACGAGUUGAUGUCGCAGAAGGGACACUACUAUGACAUGGUCAUGCUGCAGAAUCUAGGAGCUGAAGAUACUAAUGAUAAAUCAAGACUCAUGCGCGAAACGUCAGAAACAAGUGUAGAGGAUGAAGAAGAUGAAGAGGAAUUCCUCGAUUUUAAAACUGGAGACACAGAAGAAGACGUGGACAACGUUCCAGACAUUUCGUUCUGGAGAGUUCUGCGGCUCAACAAGCCGGAGUGGAAGAGCGUCAGUCUCGCCAGUGUUUGUUCGCUCAUGAGUGGUUUCAGCAUGCCUCUGUUUGCUGUCAUAUUCGGAGACUUCCUCGCCAUUCUAUCUGACCCGGACCCUGCUGUGGUUUUGAAUGAAGUGCGUAAAAUCGCGCUGAUAUUUGUCGGUAUUGGCGUCUUCUCUGGAAUCACUAACUUCAUCGUGGUAUUCUUCUACGGUAUUGCGGGCGAAUACUUGACGGAGAGGCUACGGCAGAUGAUGUUCAAGAAACUGCUAGAACAAGAGGUCGGCUUCUAUGAUGACAAGGACAACUCGACUGGAGCUCUUUGUGCGCGACUGUCCGGUGAAGCUGCUACUGUGCAAGGAGCUACCGGCCAAAGGAUCGGCACAGUGGUCCAAGCAGUAGGCACGUUCGGGUUCGCUCUAGUACUAUCGCUAGUGUACGAGUGGCGCGUGGGACUGGUGGCGCUGACCUUCGUGCCUGUCAUCGUCUUCGUGCUUUAUAAGCAAGGCAGGAUGACGUAUAAGGCCUCCUUCGGAACUGCUAAGACUAUGGAGAAGAGUUCUAAGAUUGCUGUGGAAGCCGUAGCCAACGUCCGAACAGUAGCAUCCCUGGGUCGCGAGGACACCUUCCGACGGGAAUACGAAAAGCAGCUGAACCCCGCACUGCAGGAGGCCAUCAAGGCCUCGCACUACCGAGGCCUCGUAUUCGGCCUCUCUAGAGGAAUAUUUAACUUCGUGAUCGCAGCGUCGCUGUACUACGGAGGAACGCUCAUUGUUAACGAGGGCAUCCCCUACGAUGUGGUGUUUAAGUCUGCGCAAGCCCUAUUAAUGGGAUCAUCGUCUGCUGCACAAGCGUUUGCGUUCGCGCCGAACUUCCAGAAGGGCAUCAAGGCGGCCGGCCGCAUCAUCAUGCUGCUCAACCGACAGUCCAAGAUCACGGAUCCCGUACGACCUGCUGUCCACAACUUCAAAGGCACAGGUGAAGCCAGUCUCCAAAACAUCAAGUUCAGCUACCCGACGCGGCCGAUGAUACAGGUCCUCAAAGGCCUGCAGCUAGAGAUUCAACGCGGCAAGACGCUCGCCCUCGUCGGCGCCAGCGGCUGCGGGAAGAGCACGGUCAUACAGCUGCUCGAGAGAUACUAUGAUCCUGAUGAGGGCAUUGUGGCUCAAGACGGCGUACCUCUCCCGAAGCUGCGCCUCGUAGACAGUCGUCGCGCGAUCGGCUUCGUGCAACAAGAACCGAUUCUAUUCGACCGCACCAUCGGCGAGAACAUCGCGUACGGCAACAACGAGCAGAAAGUCACGCAGGACGAAAUCAUACAGGCCGCUAAACAGGCCAAUAUACACAACUUUAUUUCGUCAUUGCCGCUGGGCUACGACACGAACAUCGGAGCUAAAGGAACACAGCUGUCUGGUGGUCAGAAGCAGCGCGUGGCCAUCGCUCGUGCUCUCAUACGCAGGCCCAAGAUGUUGCUGCUCGACGAGGCCACCAGUGCGCUUGAUACUGAGAGCGAGAAGGUGGUACAAGAAGCCCUAGACGCUGCUAAGGCCGGUCGCACAUGCGUGAUGAUCGCGCACAGACUGAGCACAGUCCGUGAUGCUGACGUCAUCUGCGUCAUACACGACGGCUUAGUCGCAGAAACCGGCACCCACACAGAACUCAUAGAGCGCAAGGGACUCUACUACAACCUCAAUAGAAGAGGCUACGCUUAACUUUAAUAUAGGCUUAAUAUACGUGAUAAUAUUGUUAAGAAUAAAUAAUAAUAAAAAUAAUAAAGAAGUGUUGCCGUAGCAAAAAUGUUUGAUGUCACUUACCACGUUGUUCUAAAUAGUUAAGAAACGCGUGAGGCGUCUCAAAUGCUGUGUGUGAUAAUUUAUUUUGAAUCAUUUUAUGUAUUAUUAAAAAAAUCUAUAAGUGAUAUUGAAGUAUACCACCAGUUUACAUAACAAUUUAAAGAAUAGGUAAAUAAAAAAAUAUAUUUAAAAUAAGUGUUACCUAAGCAAAAAUGUUUAAUGUUGUUUACCACGUUAUGCUACUUAAGAGACGAGUUAGACGUCUCAAUUAUUGCUGUGUGUGAUAAUUUCGAAGCAGUUAUACAAUAUUUAAAAAAAAAUAUUCUACAAGUGAUAUCGAAUUGUACAACCAGUUUUUAUAACAAUUUAAUGAAUUUAAAAUUCCUCAUGUGAUAAUAAUGUCUUUUUACACCUUACUCAGUGUUUGUACUUAAGUAUUAACUGCCAAGAGCCAGGGGAAACUGUAAGCGAUUGUAAAUAAAUAGGAUUUUAUAGUUGACCUUUAGUUGAAAUUAAUAUAAUGAAUUGAUAGUUCUAUGGAAACCGUUAAGUGUUUAAAAAGGAAAGUUUGACAUUGGUCGAAUUUUCAACGAUUGCUGUAUAAUUAAACUAAAUGCCUACCUGCCUAAUUAUGUUAAAUAAAUAUCUAUAUUUUUUGUUAAAA